AUGGAACUGACCAAGGUUCUUUCCUAUAAGUUCGCGACCGUAUCUCUUCUUAAACUCUGCUGCAAGCUUUGGUAUGUCUUCAUUGAAAAUAUGCAUGCUAUCACAGUCCUGGUAAAAUAUUUGAAGUCCCAUAUCUUCAGCAGUACAGAAUACUUCACACAUUAUUCUCUUCGACAUAGACAGAAUGUUAACACCAAGUGGACAGAAGUUAAAGUGUCUGCAAAUGCUUUUCGUUAG